GGGGGGGGUUUCUAGUGUGGACAAUGCAAAAAUUAAAUUUUGUUGAGAUUGAACAACUGUUGUGAUGGAUUUAAACCUUUUGAGAAACUGGUUAAAAGUCCAACAAAAUCUGCAAGAAUUUGGUUCGAAUCAUGUCAUGAAUUUAACAGCUUUCCUUGGUAAAAUACGAAUAUAAUCAAAAUACAAAAUUAUAUUCUGAGUAGUUAGAUGGUUAUAAUGAUUCCAGCGCCAUCUUUUUUAAAAAGCUAAUGAUGGACGAAGAACGUUCCGUUUUUCAUAACAUGGUCACGUGGGUGCAGUUUAUGUAUAAAUGGGCGCACGUUUCCGACCACGUUGGGUUUAAUGGUGAUUAUUGGUGAUCGGAACCAGUCACACAGACUGGCGGAUGAAUGUAAAUGUUGAAAAGUCGCCGAUUUAAUGUUAGUCCAAGAAAAACAAAUGCGUUUUAUCGCCAAAUGUAGGCGGCUGUGGCGGCCGGUCAGCUCCCCCUACCCCCUCCGUCCUCGCGGAUGGUACAGUCUCGGUUCAUUCAUAAAAUUCUAGCAGAGCAUAAAAGGAGGGGCUUUCAUUCUAGACGUGCUGUUACCAGUGUGACAUGGAUUCGGUUUAUCCCACCUGCCGGACAGAAUCUCCAGUCGGGACACUCAGCCCGAAAACGCACGAAGAGGCGUCAGACAGCAACGCAGAGGAGCCCACAUCAUGCCGACAUGUCAGCAUCGGACCCGCUCCGUUUGUUCCAACAGUCACUGCAAUUUCUUCUACCCCAGAUUUUCAGUGGAUGGUGCAGCCUACGGUUAUGACAUCUGCAUCCCCAUCUCUGGGCAGCAAGCAGCAAGCCAAUGAGGUGCAAAGCUUUCAGCAGGCAACACCCAAAGCGGGCGGGAGUAAAGGGAAAAAUGCACUGAGAAAGGGAAAAACAGAGCAGCUGUCUCCCGAGGAGGAGGAGAAAAAGCGAAUAAGGAGAGAGAGGAAUAAAAUGGCUGCAGCAAAGUGCCGCAACAGACGGAGGGAGCUCACAGAUACCCUGCAAGCUGAGACAGACAAGCUGGAGGAGGAAAAAGCAGCGCUGGAGACGGAGAUCGCCAGCCUCCUCAAAGAGAAGGAACGUCUUGAAUUUGUUCUUGCCACACACAAACCAGUAUGCCUCAUGUCAGAAGAACUGGAGUCCAUGUUCCAGGAGUCCGCAGGCUCCCCGGAGCUGCCACCCAGUCCGGAUGAUGACAGGCUUGCAGAGGAUGGUAUCCAAGAAGCGCCUUCACUCCCCGACACCGACCUCCCCAGCGAUCCGUCUUCAGCCAUCUCUGGGAACUCCAACAUCCUGCUGUGUGCCAGCGCUGAAAUCAACAUUUAUGAUCUGGAACCCUCUCUGGACAUAAAGGAGGGGCUGCUGGACAACAUGCUGGAGGGGAGAACCCCCCUGGAGACAGCUCGUUCCGUCCCAGACAUAGACUUGAGCAGCUCUCUCGGCGUCUCAGACUGGGAGACGCUGUACAAGUCCGUCUCAGGCGAACUGGAGCCCCUCAGCACUCCUGUGGUGACCUCCACCCCGACCUGCAGCAGCUACAUGUCCGUUUUCACCUUCGCGUGCCCUGAACUGGACUCGCUCGCAGAUGGACUAGACGCCCACAAGAGCGGAGGAGGCAAAGCCGAAACCGUCGGCAUCCUCAACUCUCCAACUCUGCUCGCCUUAUAAUGUGCAGAGGAAAGUUCUGAUCUGAUUUCUCUUCGCAGGUUCCUGCCUCUGAAAUGAGUAACGUGUGUGUGUAUGUCACAGCAGCGUACUACAACACUUCGAGGAGCACGUUCACAAAAUGUCUUGUGUGACUAAACAAACAUAUAAUAAGUCCUUCUGCAAAAACAGACAGCUGUCGCUAAAAGCAUGGGCUUUUAUUUUGACAGAAGGAAGCGAGACUACGAUUUCACAUUAAAACGCAUGCUGAUGAAUUGUAAAUUCCUUUCAGAGCUCUAAUACAUGUAUGUAUAUGAUCUGUCAGUAGAUCUAAAAUGUGAUGUGGAAUUUAGCAUUAUAGUACGGUUUUGUGUUUUGGUGUCCGUAGUUCAUUGAUUGAUGUAAAUUUAUUUACACCUUCAUUCAUGUCAGCAUACCUCAGUGUCAUCAAGUGUGGUUUGACCUCAUUGUUCAAAUGUUGAGAGUUUUCCAUGAAAACAUUGUGUUAUACACAUAUAUGCAUAUAUAUAGAUAUAUAUCUAUCAAGAUGUAAGUUAUGAUUUAUUUUUUUACCUUCCAGAUUUUGACUCACUUGUUAAAUGGAAAAACAAGUAAAUGAGCAUUGAUUGCUUAUCUAUGCUGCAGAAUAAUUACAAUAAAUAUGCAUUCAAAAUGU